AUGUCUCUUUCAAAGGUGAACUUCAAAAUCCUUGACAUAUCCGGCAAGAAUUAUUUGUCUUGGGUUCUAUAUGCAGAGGUACAUCUGGGUGCUAGCUCACUUGAUAAUACUAUUACUAAGGACAAUAACGAGUCCCAAGAAGAUCGCUCAAAAACAUUAAUUUUUAUUUGUCAUCACUUAGACGAAGCUUUGAAGUCCCAGUAUCUUACAGUGAAAGACCCGUACACUCUGUGGACAGAGCUGAAGGAUAGGUUUGAACAUCAAAAAACGGUCAUCCUUCCAAGAUCUAGAUAUGAGUGGAUGCACCUCCUCUUACAAGAUUUUAAAAGCGUAAGUGAAUAUAACUCGACUUUAUUUCAGAUUGUCUCUCGCUUAAAACUAUGCGGAGAAAUAAUUACUGAUGUUGAUCUUUUGGAGAAGACUUACUCCACCUUUCAUGCUUCAAAAUUUUGCUUCAACAACAAUAUCGUGAAAGUCAGUUUAAAAAAACACUCCGAGCUUAUCUCUUGCCUUCUAGUAGCUGAGCAGAAUAAUGAGUUAUUACUCAAGAACCAUCAAAUUCACCCAGCAGGUUCAACAGUUGCUCCAGAGAUGAACGCUACAGAAAUUCGUGGCAAUGCUCCCGAAAGCCGUGGGAAAGGACACAGACGUUGGUUAGGUCCUAAAAAUCCCAACAACAAGAAGAAGGCUGGGCAUUGGGCAAAUGUUUGUCGUACUGGAAGGCACCUUGUUGAUCUUUAUCAGGCGUCUAUUAAACAAAAGGAAAAGAAGGCUGAAACCAAUUUUUCCCAAUAUGACAUACCAAUGGAUAUUGCCCAUCUUGAUAUUUCUGACUUCAAGAAUGAUGGAAAUGAGAUUGAAGACAUGGAUUCCUUCCUCAAGGAUAUCUGA